GUGACGAUCAUGGCACGAAAAGAGAGGGAGAGGGAGGCAGAGGAGAGAGGAGAGGAAAAAAACGGUAGCGAUUGAGAGAACAGCGUUGCAGUCAUUAUCCCUACUGUGCCACUUUAGCGUGUGCAGAAGACCCUACUGUAGACAUCUUGCUGUUUGGUUUGUUUGGGACGAUCGCGUUUGCAUCUUCGGACUGUGUCCGCAUACCAUCGAGGCCCAAUCGCUUGUCGGAGCUUUUCCCAUCUCUUAUCUUGAUUUUGCAUCUGCUGGAAGAGACCUGCGCUGCUACUUGCCAUCCUUGAAAGCCAUGCUGGAAAGUGCAGGUGCAGCUUUGGCGGAUUCUAAAAUGAGUAAUCCGUCUGAAUCGAGUAAAUGUGCAAUGGAGAGUGGCGACGGAAACACAGGUGCCCAAACAAAUGGACUGGACUUUCAGAGACAGACAGUGCAGACAACAAACGCAAUCACCAACGCACACGCACAAGCUCUGCUCCAACAGUUGACUCUGACUCCGGCGCAACAGCAGUUAUUGCUGCAGCAGGCCCAGGCUCAGUUGCUGGCGGCGGCCGUGCAGCACUCAGCCAGCCAGCAGAGCAGCACCAGCGGGGCCAACAUCUCUGCCUCCGCAGCCACACCCAUCACCCAGAUCCCCCUGUCCCAACCCAUCCAGAUCACGCCUGGAUGGGAUAUGCAGCAGCUGCAGCAGCUUCAGCAGCAGAACCCCAACCUGCAGCAGUUUGUGCUGGUGCAGCCGGGGCUGCCAAUCGCCACCCAGCUGCAGCCGGCGCAGUUCAUCAUCUCCCAGACGCCGCAGGGCCAGCAAACUCCCUUCUUCUCCAAUCAUCAAUUAGGUCUCCUGCAGGCCUCCAACCUACUAACACAACUACCUCAAAGCCAAGCCAACCUCCUGCAGACCCAACCCAGCAUCACCCUCGCCACCCAGCCCGCGACCCCAACUCGCACGAUAGCAGCUACCCCCAUCCAGCCCCUGCCCCUCACCCAGAGUACACCAAAGCGCAUGGACACCCCCAGUCUGGAGGAGCCCAGUGACCUGGAGGAGCUUGAGCAGUUCGCCAAGACCUUCAAGCAGAGGAGAAUCAAACUGGGCUUCACUCAGGGGGACGUUGGCCUUGCCAUGGGAAAGCUUUAUGGCAAUGACUUUAGCCAAACCACCAUCUCUCGAUUUGAGGCCUUGAACCUGAGCUUUAAAAACAUGUGCAAGUUGAAGCCUCUGCUGGAGAAGUGGCUCAACGAUGCAGUGUGUGCAGAGAACCUGACGUCUGACCAGGCCCUGUCCAGCCCCAGCUCCCUGGGCUCCCCAGGCCUGGGCAUGGAGGGGCUGAACCGCCGGCGCAAGAAGAGGACCAGUAUCGAGACCAACAUCCGUGUGGCCUUAGAGAAGAGCUUUCUAGAGCAGAACCAAAAACCUACCUCUGAGGAGAUCACCAUGAUCGCCGACCAGCUCAACAUGGAGAAGGAGGUGAUCCGCGUAUGGUUCUGCAACCGCCGGCAGAAGGAGAAGAGGAUCAACCCCCCCAGCAGUGGCAGCAGCGGCACCACCCCCAUCAAAGCAAUCUUCUCCCCCUCCAAUCCCCUGGUGUCCAGCACGGCGAGCCUUGUGAGCAGUAACACACCGACCACACUGACUGUAAACCCAGCUUUGCCUCUCACCAGCACGAGUGUCUCUGGCCUCACCUUCACUGGUAAGAUGCCAUUCACCUUCGCUGGCACAACCAUCACUGCAGCCCCUACCAACACAGCCUCUGUCAUCUCUGCUACACCCACCCUGGUAACUACAGCAGCCGCUGCCAGCUCACCCUCACUAAGCCCGUCCCCAACCGGGGCAUCACUGCAGACGUCUGUCGGCGACUCGGGCAGCGGGCCCCAGGAGGGUUCUGGCGGGAGCGUGGUGUCCCAUGCCCCGACCCCGGCCUGCACGUUGGCGUCGGCUCUGAGCUCGGGCCAGGUGAUGGUGGCCACGCCAGGGCUCUCGGCCGCUCUACAGGGGGCACAGCUCCCCACCAGCGCCAGCCUCGCCGCCAUGGCUGCUGCCGCAGGCCUCAACCCCGGCCUCAUGGCCUCCUCACAGUUCACCCCUGGGGGGGCCUUGUUGAGUCUGGCACCAGGAGGUUUGGGCAGCGCUCUGAGUCCUGCACUGAUGAGCAACAGCACCUUGGCCACUAUCCAAGGUGUGUGGAGCGCGUUGGCCUCUAGUGGAACUCUGCCCAUCACUUCUCUGGAUGGCAGUGGGAACCUGCUGUUUGCCAACGCCAGCGCGGGCAGCACGCCCAACCUGGUGACGGCGCCACUCUUCCUCAACCCGCAGAACCUGUCGCUGCUCGCCAGCAAUCCUGUCAGCCUGGUAUCUGCCGGCGGUGCCAACCUGCAGCUCACAGCCGAUGCCCACCAGAGCGUGGUUACCACAGCCGCUAUGCCCGCCUCCACCAUAAGCACCGCCUCCAAGGCACAGUAAAGCCGCGGGGAGUUGACGGAGCCCUUGUGCCCCGCACCUUCCUCCAUCAUCAUCAUCAUCAUCAUCAUCAUCAUCAUCAUCAUCAUCAUCUCUCCUCUUGCUUCCUUCCUUAUCCUCUACUUCUCUUCUGCAUCCUGAGCUGUCUCGAGACUCAUUAUUUAAUCUCUGCUGCCAUCCAAAAAGGACACUAAAAAAGAAAGGAUUUUUAAGAAGUGUUCUCCUAGCAUUAACUCCAGAAUGUUGGGAGGGGGGGCGGGGGGGUUGUAAUUUUUGUUUAUGGGAGUGGUGUGUCUUGCGGGUUACUGACAUCAUGCCUGAGUGGAGUGUGUCUCUGACUCUGACCCACUGGAUGACCUGCAGAAGGUGUUCUUAGAUAAACGAAGACCGCCUUUCCCCCUCAUCACGUCCUUUUCAUCUUCCCUGAACUGAAUCUAUCCUCCACUUCUGUUUCAGAGCUGCUUUGAAGACUCUUCUAACCAAAAAAAUGUGGGAUCUUAACCUUUUUUUUCUUCAUUUUCCUGAAUGAUCAUUUCUUAUCCUAGUGUAAGGUCCACUGUCAUUUCCCAGUGAGAGGUACUGUAUCACAGGCCUUUUACAUCGUUCAUAUCUAAUUUAACUUUUCUUUUUUCUUUUUUGGUUCUCUAUCCACGAGUCAGCGUUAAGUUGUACAUCACAUAAUGGCAGAUAUAUAGUUUCACCACUUUAAAGAAAUGUGCAACUGUCUGUCUGAGAACACUUUCAUUUUUUUUUUUUUUUUUUUUAUAUAUAUAUAUAUAGCCCUUGGUGUAAAAUCUCUUGCAGGAUGAGCAGACUAAUAGUGAUCGCUUACGCGGAAUCCUGCAUAGAGGCCAUCCGCUGCGUCUCAUAGCUUUAUGUGUGAUGAACAGAUGAGCUUUGAGACCUCAGUUGGCGAAUGAUAUGUUGGGCGAAACAGUUUUUCUUUUUUAUUAUUAUUUCUACAUGAAUGUUAGUCUGUUUGGUCUUCUUAAACACAGCCAAUACUGUAACCUGGUCUGCUCUGAAAUCGGCCAAGGCCAGUCGGUGGGCUUUUUUUUAUUUUUUAUUAUGAUUAUUUAUUUAUUUUUUUUUAAUUGUGGCGUAGUCAGCAGGAGUUAUAAAGGCUGAUGUCAAAGCAGCCUCAACUUUUAGGGUGAAGUCGGUGCGGUGUUAAGGAAAGGAAUGCUUGUUGGUUCAAAUUCUUUUUAGGGGUUUAUGUUUGUUUUUCUACUUGUGCACAGUGUCUGUACCAAAAAACUGGACUAGAGAACUGCAGUCUGCCUACUCUGGAGGAGAAAAUUCUUCUGUCGCACGUUGAGGUCGUUCUUUUCAAGGUCUUCAACUGGCCUUUUUUCCAAGAUAUACCAAAAAUAUUUGUUAAACUAUUGCUGUAUAUUGUCAUUGUAGUGUGUAGCUUAAGCCUAAAUAUUUAUGAGUCAAGGCUCUGGGUAGACAGCAGGAGAUUUUUAAAAAUGCAAUAUUUUGAAGAUCCAUGUCCAAAGACAAACUUAUUUUUUAAUUUGUAAGAAAAGUUUUCCCUGCUCUUCUCUGUAGCGACAACGCAGAUAACCAAAAAUAAAAGAUUGCGGGGGUGGGUGUUUUGGAGCUUUAGGGCUCAGGUUUGGAGGGAUGGGUUUAGGGUGAGCAGGACACUUCCGCUGUAGCAGAGCGAGUGUGCAACAGCUGUGUGUGGUGGUUUUGCAUCCCGUAGGUUACUGAGUCAAGGCCCGAGGCCUCUCACUCGCUCUCUGGUGCUUGAACUGAUGAGGUGUUUUAUGAGUGCAAGAGGAGAGGUUGUGGUGCAUUUGCCCCACCCUCUCCCUAAAAAAAAGAAAAGUUAAUAUAUUUGGGAUGUGUGUUAAUGUGUGUGGACGCAAGCAGAUGGGUUUCAAGAGAACUCCAGGACAUUGCUACCAGUUACAGGGCAAGGGGUGUCCUUGGUGGUCUUUCAGAAAUGUUGUGCUAGUAUGAAUUUGCAUCCUUAGUC